CUUCCUUUGUCAGUGAAUCGAAGAAAACCAAAAACCCUCCGCGAUCUAAACCCCUCGCCACCAUCACAGUUUGUCGCCGGCCAUGGCGCAUCGACGUUCACUCCACUCCCUUGCUCGCUUCUUCUCUUCACACUCCACCGUCGCUCCGGGAUGUGCUCUGAAAUCAGUCGCCUCAAUUCUCCCGAAUCAUUUCUCCACGGCCGCAAUCAGCUCGAGUUCCGAUUGCAUUGUUCCAAAGUCGGACGCCACUUCUUGGUGCAGCAGCCUCUUCUCCGGCAACCGAGCUCGACAUUUUUGUUCUAGCUCACGGAAAGAUGACGAUGAUGAUGAUAAAGACGAAGAGGAUGACGGCGAGGAGAGCGAAGGAGACUACAGUGAUGAAGACGAGGAGGGAGCUAGGGAGUCGUCUGAUUCUAAUUCGAAGCCGAAACCGCCGCCGGGUCCUGUAGACAAGGUGGCCAGGGCUGCUGAGAUUGGAUACAAAGUGGUCGGCAAGCUACGGCCUUCUGAUAAAGUCUUCAAACCGUACGAGCCUGUUUACGCUGUCGUUCAGAUUGGGUCUCACCAGUUUAAGGUCAGCAAUGGGGAUACUAUUGUCGCCGAGAAAUUGAAGUUCUGUGAUGUAAAUGACAAGUUGAUUCUCACCAAGGUUCUGUUGUUAGGGUCAGCAACCCAAACAAUUGUUGGUAGACCGAUUGUGCUGGAUUCAGCUGUUCAUGCAGUUGUUGAGGAGCAUGCAUUAGACGAGAAGGUAAUAAUCUUUAAGAAAAAGAGGAGGAAGAACUACCGCCGAACUAAAGGACAUCGUCAGGAAUUGACUAGAUUAAGAAUCACCGACAUUCAAGGAAUUGCAAAACCUGAAAUCAAAAUAGAUCCAAAACUCACAAAGCCCACGAAGCCUACAGUUAAGGAGCAAGAAAAGGUUGCAGUCGCUGCUUAGGAAACAUUCUGUCGUCUUGCCAGUAAUGCUCCCUGGGCUUGUAAGGUCAGAUAUUAGUUCUGCAAUGCUGUGUUUAGUUUGGCAGAGUACCUUUAGAUCCAUUCAGCAAAGAUGCUAUUAGGGGGACAAAGUAAGUGAACCAUCCAAGAAGAUGGUUGACAGGUUGAUCCGAUGGAAAUAUACUACUUUCACCUGUCAUCUUCUUCACUCCACUGCAUUUCUUGGUCUGUCAUCUUUUGGUAGCUAUACUGCUUUCCCCGUUUAAUGUAAUAAAGUUUGUCCUAAGAGGCUAUCAAUUGAGGAUCAAAUAAAGUAUCCUUUUGAUAUGAGACUUUGUUCUUCUGUUAGGGUUUUUUUUUUAUAUGCUUGAAACGGAUUUGGCCUUAUCGUGCAAAUGCUGAUUAGUGAUUUCAAGCAUGAGCCUUGGGCUUGAAGCUUACUGUAUUAGAGCAUUUGGUCUUGUUUGAUGAAUGUUUAAUCGCCCCUGGCUUUUGAUAUAGUUGAUUGCUGGUUUAUUGAAAGUUCCCCAUCGUCUUGGUAAACUUGGUGCCUGCAGGUGCUGUGUGGCUUCGUGGCCGGUAGGUAUUCUUCCAACUUGUCAUGUUCUCGAUCCGUUUUAUGAUACUAUCGUGUCUCUUAGAAAUCAUGUUUCAACUCUAAUGUAGUUAGUUCCAAGUACUAGCCUUCACAUCUCGAAUAACUCAACUUCACUAGUAGGUGGAGAUGAAUCCACUCCUCCUGUCAUUCUUCUUGAUCACUCCAGUUUUGGCAAACAUAAAACAUGUGUUGUUUUGUGCCCACUUUCAACAGUUGGAAAGAGCACUUUGAGUUAGAAAUGGAUAGACACGAUGGCACUAUCUAGCAGCAGUGCCUCCACUGUGAAAAAAAAAAGCAUGAAACAAAAAGGAAGAACACUAAAGAGAGACUCGAGGAAAAAGGGAAGGAGAGGAAAACGAUCGCACCGUUAGGAUGUCUAUCUCUUCAGUUGACCCGCAACUUACUGUUUAAACACUUUACCAAACUUUAUUUUUCCCUUUACAAAUUCCUCCAUUAUAGUGGCUUGAGAGUCGAUAGGAAUUUGGAAAUUAUACCGUCUCUAAUAGUAUUUUUGUAUAAUAAAAUUAUGCGAGCUUGUUACUAAAGUUUAAAAUAACUGAUAUAAUAGUGUCGUCAGGUAUAUUCAUAUCGAA